CGGGGAGCCUCCCGCCUCCCGUCCAAGCCCUCCACUCCACACGACACUCCGUCCGCCAUGGACGUGCCAUGGAACUCCGGCCACCAGGAAAUCCCUUGUGCUGGGAAGAUGGCCUCUUCAGCUAUGACAUGUGCUGCGGCGAGGGCGCGCACAACGUGCUGGGGAAUCCCUCCUGCUGGGAAGGCCCUCGAAGUUUUCAGACCUGCUGCUUGCCCAGCCUUCACGAACCCUCCUGCUGGUCGGAUGCGCGUCGCUUCUUGAGUCAACAGCAGUUGAUGCCGAGCCUGGCGAAGGAAGAGCGUUUGAUGAACAGCGACCUGAGUUUGUCUCAGUUCUGCUGCCGCCCCGGGAGCUUCUCCUCCGAGGUUUGUUGGGGCGGCGACGGCAAAGGCUAUGUCCAGGAGCAUCCGCAUGGCUUGGCCUUGAACAUCUCGCUGCGUUACGUGGAGUGUUGCUUCUUGCGGCUGCGCGCCGCCUUGGAGACGCCUCCGCCCCGCUGGAUGUCCGAGCAGAUCUCCCAGGACCUCCAACCUUGGACGUCGAGGUUGUCGUUGCGCCAGAUGGAGGACUUCGAAGAAUGGAUCCAGGAGACCGGCCAAAGUGCCCACUUCUGUCGCUUUCAAGUCACCAAGACGGGCGUCUACCAUUGCAAUUUGACGCGGGGGAGCCACACGAAGCUCGUCGAGGCGGUACGCGAUGCGCUCCACGUGCUCCGAUUGAUCGCGCCUGACCUGCCCGAGUUGGACCUCUUCCUAAGUCAGGAGGAGGCCCUCUGCGUGGCCUUGUUGGGCGAUCGGUCCGCGACAGAAACCUUCGGCGAGCAGAGUUGGCCGGUGCCAGUGCUGGCGCAGGCGCAGCCUGCUGGUUGCCCUGGUAUCUUGAUGCCAUGGUGGGCCUUCCUGCAACAAGAUUGGACUCGCAGAUACACGGAGAAGCUCUCGCGUGGCCGUGUGCCCUGGGAGAGCAAGGUCUCGAAGCUCUUUUGGCGCGGCUCAGACACGCAUUGCCUGCGCCCACACAGCUGUCAGGGCGCCAGCUGCGAGUGUGGGAACUUCACAGAGAACUGGAUGGACUAUCCGCGUGCUCGCUUGGUCUUGUGGUCCAUGCUGAUGCCGCAGAAGGUGGAUGCCAAGUUCACCAAAGACGUGGUGCACCAGGCCUUGAGGCCUCGCUUUGAAGAGCAUCGCCUGCUGGUGGAGGAGAUUGUGCCACCAGAAAAGCACGUGGACUACAAGUUCCUCAUGUACCUGGACGGCGUCAGUUUGUCGGACCGGCUCUUUUGGGUGCUGCUGACUGAGUCGGUGCUCUUCAAAGCCGACUCCAAGCUGCAAGUCUGGCUGGAUGGCAGUCUUAAGGCAUGGGAACACUAUGUUCCGGUGGCCGAGGAUCUCACGGACCUUUUGGAGCGUCUUCAGUGGGCAGAAGCCCAGGACGCAGCGGGGCAGUUGCACGAUCUGGCGCUCCGGGCUGCGGCACACGCCAGUGUCCAUUUCUCCUUGGAGGCGAACCUCUUGUAUCUCUAUCACCUCCUUCAUGGCCUCAAGAAGGUGCUUCCAGCGCCCACGCCGAACGAGGCGGAACCACUGGGCCGACGGGAGCAACAGAAGCAACAGCAGAUGAAUGCCAGGCAAUACCUGGCCCACGCGUUGGAAAUGCUGGCAACGCCCAAGAAGGGGCCACCCACGACAGUGCCGACGGCUCCGCCGACGGCCAAGUUGGACUGUUGGACCUUGGGCUUCACGGCAGAGCUGUGCUGCGGCGACGACAUGGGCCACGAGGGGAAUCCUGCUUGUUGGGAUGAGGUGUAUACCUUCGCCGCCUGUUGUUGAAAAAGCCACGGCACCGGCGCGUGGGCACGGCGCGGCACGGGGGGGUUCGUGUUCUCUCUUCCUUGGACCGACAGAGUCUGGCGAGAGAGAGCCAAUCUGCAGUCCACCA